GUGCGACUUGCACUAACAGACUAGGUGCAUGUAGUGUCUAAACUAACACUGACUUGACUUACCUGAUAUCAAUCACAAGAGAGCCGCAACUACCCUCGCUACCUAUGGCGUAAAAGCUGCGGCUCGCUCGCGAGUACGCUUUACUUGCGACUAGUACCCCUUUGCGACCACACAGUACAACGCAGGAAUCCGAACAAGCUCUCCAUCCACGACUACUACGGGCAAAACCUGAAGCUCUCCAUCCACGACUACGGGCAAAACCCGAAGCUCUCCAUCCACGACUACGGGCAAAACCUGAAGGUCUCCAUCUACAACGACUUCUAUCAAUACUUCGCGCACCAAGAAACUAUCGAUACUUUGUAAGCUAAUAUGGGCUGUUAUCCCUUCCGCGCCAAGGUGGUGGACGCCGAGCUGCAUAGCGCUUCGCCACGUCCGUUACUACUACAUGGUGGUCAAGGGGGUUGUUCUGGGGAAUUUAUAAUUAUGGUCAAUUUGAAUUUGAAUUUCACUUGUGCUUCAUUCUUGUAGUUGUAGUUGUACUCUCUAACUGCGAAAGCAAUUUGCACCACGGCAAAGAUGACCUGAAGAAGCCAGAUGAUAAGGCCACCAAGCAGCGCCAGAUCGAGGUCUGCCUACAGCAUCAGCAGUUCUCCCUCCCACAAUCUCCGCAUCCUUCUUAUGAUCCUCCUAUUCUUGGCACAUUUGUUUUAGUUGCUCUUGCUUCUCCUUCGCCACCAUCGUGGUGCUGGUCCUCAUGCUUGGUAUUAGAGGUCAGCAGUCAUUGGUCACUGACUCUGAACGCACAUCUCUCUACUUGUUUUCCCUCACUUUUCCCCUGUUCUCUCCUGGGGGCCCUCUUCGAUUUCAGUGGCCAACCUCUAUGACCAAUGGAAGUUGCGCCUUCAUGGUAGUUGAGCAAACGAAGCAGCUCUAGUGAGGUGAGCUCUAAGCUUGGUCACACGGACAGAGUGGGCAUCAUGCGUCGCAGCAGCAAGGGAAUAGAGGAGCUUUGUUUAUGAUAAAAGGUCGUUGUGCACUGUGAAGUCUAAGAUACCUAUUAACCUAAUAGGCACUGACUAGUUUCUUCAUUUUUUCUCAGGGGCGUAAUCGUAAAUAUUUGCCGGAUGUUGACAUCGGUGAAAGUGAAACAGCGACUUGGCUUACUCCGAUGCUUGGAAGAGGAAGGAAGCAGAUGUCUUCGAAUUGUUUUGACGAGAACAAGUUGGUGAUGAUCGUGUGGACUCAUCAUGAUGUGAUGAAUCAGAUUCCCUCUUUCGGUAACCCGGCACAGCCCCGUAGGAGCUUUCUAACCUCUCCCCUCGUUCUGCCUCCUCGAAUCCUUACGGUCCGUUGCAGCAGACGACUUCUACACAUUAUCCGGGCAGCGGUGCUGGUGCUACGAGCACUUCGACUACAGGGGUAGUGACGGACCCGCUUGGAGGCACAGUCGGAAGUUCUCUUAGGAUAGGUUUUUGGUGUUUCUGUUACCCUUAGUUUUCUUGCCUCCCCUAAGGGGGAGAGGGGGAAAUAAAACGGGAGAUGCUGCUAACACCAAAGUCCUUCUACCUUUAAUUCUCAACAACGUCAACAAGCAGAUCUGCAGAGUAGGAAUGAUGCGACUACUUCUAAUCAACAUAUGGAUGAUCAUGUGAUGUUGUUUCCAGUCAUACGACCAUCCUGGCACUCAUGAUCGGAAGGGGAAAAACUGCCAGGAUGCUCUACCUCAGUAGAUGGAAAAGACUACAUCCAUACAACAAAGAGGACACGGCGCACAACAUGGCGGUGGUGGAGGUCCCAGUACGAAGGCGCAUUCGCCGGGACCGCAACAGCAUCUGGAAGUAGCCGAAGGUCCUGCUCGAGACGCAUCAAUAGCGAACGCCAAGAGUGAAAUCGAAUUGCCACCACCGCUCCAUGCAGAAGUACAUCAAAUUCGCAAUUCUGAUGCAAAAAUUCCAAUUUAGUCAUUCCAUGGGGUCGUUGUCCUUGUGUUGAUUGGAUUACAACUCUUGUGGUACAUAGAAGUACAACUAAGUAAGUACUCACCUAGUACCUACUGACCUACCUACUAGUAAGUAAGAAGUACUCACUACAAGUCAACUUCCCUAGUACUGCAGAAGUGCAUACGAGUACCACAACUCCUCCAAUAAACACCGACGCAGAAUACGGAUACGGUCACUGCAAGUGCCCCUUUGGUAGUGCUGGGAAGGUACGAAGUUGUCCCAGGACGAAAGGGAUUGCUAGGCGAGGGUAGCUUUUCAAGUGUGACUAUGGCCAAACUAAGUUAGUCCAUCAACAUCGGUAUUCACUGUCACACGAUUGCGAAUGCUAUUAACUAAUUUGAAUCCACCAUCAUUAAAUGAUUAUCAUCAACACCUACAUGAUCAAUAGCGCAUUGCUGAUGUGGAUUGACCCCUCCAUUCUUAUACAUAAUUGAUAGGAUGACCAGUCUAUUAUACUCAAUUUCUUCAUGCACUUAAAUCAACCUCCUCUAAUCCCAGAAGAGCAAAGGAUCUAGCCGAUCCUAGUGGAGCUGAUGUGGCAGUGAAGAUGUACAAGUCUACCUCUGGCCGCGAUACACAGCAAGUUAUCCUGAAAAAGUUCAAAAGACAAGUCGCGGUCAUGAAGGUAUUAAGUCAUCCACGACAACUGAAAAUGAUGAUACAGAUAUUAUGAUGUCAAACAAUGUGAGGACAUCUUCGAAACAAGAACGUCAAGUAUACUAUAAACGAUAACAACAUUAAGUAUAGAUGGGUAAGAAAUUCGAAAACAUCAAUGACCAAGUACAAGAAUGUCAAACUGCUUAAUCUAUCAUACGCGUGCUCUGCUAAAACAAGACCACAUCCGACUAGGACUUGCUGACUCCGGUAACACGAGCGCGAGAAACGGAGAGGUCAGGGCAUACCUUAGCGCAUGAUGCGAUCUUUAAGGUGGAUCCGGCUAGGCUGUUUCUUCGUCUCAUCGACUAUUCUAAAGAUGAGAAUGGGGAACCAGGUACCAUUGGGAUUUUGAUUUAGUUUGCAGACUGUUCGUUAUACUCAACUCAAGAAGAUGAGCAUCCAUAUGGGGCACUGGAAACUUGUAGAUUUUUUUUCUCUUCAGAGAGAGUCUUACGUUCUAGUAUGUCCUACUAUUCAACUCGGAUUCUUAUGAUGAGCAUCCAAUUCUUAUGUUCUGUAUGAGCAUCCAAUCCAACUCAUUCGUCUUUCCUUUGCUAUCAGGUGCCGACCCAAUGGAUGGUGGUCAGAUGGUAGUUGUCACGGAAAUCGCCGACUUUAGUUUGAAGGAUUACCUUGGCCAGCUGAACUCUAGUCCGAGCUCCAGAAACAUCGAACAGCCUUAUGCAUGGUGGACAAAUUUUCUAUGUCAAAUUUUGCAUGAUCCCAGAAAGAAAUAUAGAACUACAUUAUCGCUUCAAAGAAGAAGAACUACAUUAUCACUUCAACAACUCGAACUCUACACCGACCCUGUUCCUUCCUCUGUCAUCUAAUCUUCUUCGAAACAAGAAAUCAAAGAGAGCACUAGUGGUACGUCAAAAGCAGACUCAUAUCCAAUACCGCUUGAAACGGCCAGACAGAUCGCGCAUAAUUUCAUCCUUGCUUGCGCGGUUUUACACGCAAAAGGUCUGGUGCAUCUAGAUUUAUGAGUCGUAGUUUGUGAUUUAGCUGGUGCAUCUAGAAGUUCUACUUAAUUACUACUAUUUGGUAGGAUCUAGUAAGUUCUAGUAGAUUUCUUAGCUACUUCUAGGUUCAAUGACAAUGGUACUCUUAUAUAUGAACUCUUCUUGUAGUUUCUGUUUCUCUUAGCUUGACGUAAUUGUCGUCCUAAAUAAAACAAGCACAGGCACAAGCACAAGUUGCUGUAGUGAACAACCUACCACAAGCACAAGGACCGCUAAGAAUCAUCAAGCCAGAGAACAUCAUGAGCUGUGCAGGGAGUUGGAAGCUGAUUGACGUGGAUGGCUGCAUCCCAAUGGGCAGCGAGAUCAGCAUCAACGACAGUACUAAUACUAGUCUAGUACUAGGAGGUGAGAAUCCUUGAUAGGGAAGAUAGCACCUUCCAUGAUCGUGUCAGCAGCUUUAUUCAAAUAUAGAAAUGUAUUUUCUCCAGUGAUGAAUUAAUGUCUAUCGUCCUACUUGUAUGGUUUUGGUAUUUGGUAACCUGAAUUUGAUCACAAGGAUUCUCUUCUUGUUUUCCUUAUGAUCAAAAUCAGGCUACCAAAUACCAGGCCCACUCAAUGCUCUGAUAUAGAAGCCCGCGAGUCCUCUUGUCGGCUGCUAUAUCAUACUCUUCGACCCGACUUCACCCUUGAAGCAUGGACAACAGGAAAACUUCAACUAUUACGCCACUGAACGCCGAAACACGACUACCUUUUCUGCAUAUUAGUAAUUGCUGUGGUUUUUUUUCUCCAUGAUCCUAUUCAAAUAUCGAAAUGUAUUUUCUCCAGUGAUGAAUCAAUGAUCUACCCGUACUAUUAGUUUUUUGUACUAUUAGUUUUUUGUUCUCCAAGUGAACAUGAUCCUAUUUGCACAACCUCCAGGUACCAUCAGUUUUUCUCCGUGUUACUGCUCGCCAGAGUGGGCUCACUUUUUGAUUGAGGACGUUGAUUUCAUGCGAGUGGCGGAUCAAUUGGACGUGUGGAGUGUCGGGAUUAGCCUGUGUGAGUUGAUCUUAUGACCGUAAGGCUAAUACUUACGACACUGGUGUGUGUGGUCUUUGCUAAUUAUUUCUCUCGUGAUAGGCGUCGCUGAGAUGCAACAUGCAUACCUUUUCUAGGUUAAAAACCAAAAAUCAAACCAUGGAGUGAGUCGUGUUCAAAAAUACUCUGCUUCUAUUUUUAUAUCCAUGAUGAAUACUCUGUCUAAUUCUCAUGAUGGAUGCAGUUUUGAAGCCGAAAUAUGCAUCGAUUUUCCGCCAAACGGGGUCACAUCGAAAAGCUGGCUUUCUUUUCUUAGAAUGUUAAGGGUCGUGGUACGCAGUUUUCCUUUUCCAUGAUUAAAGAACACCACGCCAGAUGUUAGAUAAGAGUCUUUCACGAGUACAAUUCAAGCUGUAACACCUCUUGACUAAGUAGGUACAACCAUCAUCCACAUCCUCAUCACCUGUUUUCUAAGAACAGCUCGCCAAUAAGGAAGAGUCGUUAAACUUGGACCGAAAAAUAGCCGACUUCGAUAGUGGAUUUGCGGACCUGGUUUUGAAGAGAAUGCUGUUGAAAGAUUAUGCACUUCGGGGGUAGGUUUGACAGUAGCAGGGGAUACGAUCUAGAGUCUCAUCAUCAGAGUAUGCACUUCGGGGUCUCCUCUGUUGUAUCGAUCUGCAUCCGACGAUCAUCUUCAUCGUGAGUUUACCCCUGUGCUUACUCGAAAACUGUUAAUAAAUUCAGGUCGUUGCUGACGUAUCUCUAAAAUCAGCCUAAAGCACGUUGGUCUCUAGCGGAGUGCCUGUCACAUCCGUUUCUAGCAGAUUGCUCCUCUUCGGGAUCCGUCCUAAACGAAGGCGCACUGAUCUCGAAGGUCAAGGCGACACGGCGAGAACGAAUAUUAUGCUGGUGUCGUUAGACUUGGAGCAUAGUUUCUUGUUCACAACGAACGACUACAUAGUUUCUUCACAACGAACUUAAAGCAUCGUUUCUUUCUGCACGUACUACAACGAACAACUAGAUAUGGAAAUUCUAACUGGUCAAAACUCCGUCUCCACCCCCGUCUUACUCAUUUCUUCAUCUGAGGCAUUUAUUUGCUGUACGUCUUACUUUGCCACGCUCUAACACUAGAGGACACGACCAGGAACAUUGCAGAGAAGCCUCCGCUCAUCAAAGGGGUUCUCUUCAAUUAAGGCUUGUAGUCAUUAUAAUUCAAAUUCAUCAAGCAAUGCAAUCUAUAACCCUAAAGCAAUCGUUACUUCCUUAUAUAUAUGAUAUUGUUUUGAAGCGACGUUGCAUGCAAUCCCAAUAGCAAUACCAACUGCACCUUCCUCAUAUUGUUUUGAAGCUACACUGCAUGCAAUCCCGGCGAUACCAAUUGUAAUUUCUCAUGUUCCGACUGUCCAAGCUCUGUAAUGCCAUUCCAGUUCGCUAUCGUACCUUCACCUUCUAACUCAAGCUGAACUCAGAUGGGGAUAGAACUGUGGCAGCUGACUGGCUCAGGCGAGAUACGUGGAUUGCGCAUAAUGGCAACCUGUGCUAUUUCUCGCAGAAGAAGGCCAAACGUCUGGUACUCCUAGACGCAGCAACUAUUGGGCGAGCAGAGAUAACUUUACGACGCUAAUAAACACACAUCGAAUAGAGAGUACAGAGCACCUAAGACGCAAUAAUUACUUCUUCUUGAUGUUGGGUAAAUCAUCAUCAUCAUCAUCAUCAUCAUCAUCGUCACUACUAGAAAACGCAGCUUAAAAAUAUGAGAAGUUGAAGAAUGAUCUCCAUCGUUGGCUCAUCGUUAGCGAUAACGAUACUUGAAAAAAGACUUUUUGAAACGUUACAUUUGCAUACAGGAUUAUUUGGGAACUCAUUUUCUUCGACACGCAAAUCCUCUUCUUGCUGCAUUUCGUAUCAAAGACUAGAAGCUCAUCUACGUCUAAGAAUCCCAGUUCCAAACGGUACUUCUGAAGCGCAAGGCCAAGCGCAAGGUCGUAGUCCGAGUAGGACGUCGACCAGUGUAACGCCUUCACGAGCAGCAAAUGUGGGGACUACAUCUUAAGGCACGACUACCUAGGAUCUCCUACAUGUAGUGGGUCCUUCCUAGAAAGUGUCAAGCCCUUCCUACUUAAGGGUACUUCCUAGAAAGUGUCGUAGUGGGCAUUUGAGGGGAUUUUGUCUUCAUCUUGUGGCGACGAGUGACAAGGACUUCAUAGAUCUAGACUAUUAAGUCUAAGUGGGACCACUAACUUCAUAGUCCUACUUAUAGCAAGCUGCCGAAAUGAAUGCAACCAUAUAACAGGAGUGAUUUUGGCUUUGUGUAAUUUCGUUCUUGUUGGUCUCUGUACUAGACCAAGGGAUCAUCUAGGAUUUUUUUCAGCUUACAGGGUCGGUUUCUUGGGCAACAUUCAGAGCUGCUGUUCCAUGUUCGUUCUUCUAAGAAUCACAGGACUUGUUGUCCACAACCUGCGGAACGGCAGUGGUGAGCCUUCCGAGUUCAACCCAAGAAGCCAGAAAUUGCGCGUUACCUUGGGUUUUUCAGUUAUGCUGGAGUAGCACUAGUCCUAGAACGAAGUUGUCCUGGAAGUUCUGCUAGAUGUCCUGAAGUCGCGUACGCGUUUCUAAGUUCUAUGUACUGUAGAAAUUGUCCUUGGAAUUUGGGUUUAUCAAUCAUGAUAUGUAGAACUAUUGGCCCUAGAUGUUCUUGUCCUGCUCCUGGAGGCCACUUGUCCUGGAAGCCAGACGUUUCUCAGUACUAGCUCGUGGAAUGGAGUUGUCUCUUUUUUACCCGACAAACUACCUUCUAGAAUAAUUUUAGCAUUAGAAUACUCUUGAGAAUAAGAUAAAAAUCGUUAGUUGAUGACCACUGUUAACUUGUUGUUGAUGAACAUCAACUAGAUUUGAUCCGUAGUUUCUAAUUCUAGUACGGAUCGCACUUGCGGAAGGUGAUGGCGCAGAAGAGGACCUACAGAUGUAUGCAUGCGAAUCCGAAGAGAGCAGAAAAGGAUGGCUCAAAGUGUACUUACUGUCACUUCACGUAAAGUCAGACAUCUAUACCAGAGCAGUUUAUAGAUAUAGCACGCAUGGAGAGCAUGGAGAUGGACGAGCGCAGAUCCGUAAGGGACGCAAGAAGCGCUCCCUUUAGCUCCAUGCAACUCCAUACGAUUCAAGCACUCCAUGCCAUGCGAGCCGCCAGAUCUUAUUUAUCGUUCUGCUAUAUUAUAUCGAGGGCAGAAGAUGAAUAAACAAAUGGCUGGCGCAAAGUGCUACACUUAUCAUUUCCAAUGAAUCUAGUACUACGACUAGUACAUCAUGUACUUACAACUACGCCUACGCGAACCUCAUUCGAUUUAUUUCAAGUGUACAAGUUAGAAGUUACUUGCUUCUCUGUGCUAGCUCUGAAUCUGUUUCGUCUUGCUGGUAGUUUAGAAAGGCUACCUGAGACGCUAUGAUGAUGGUGACGUACUAGCUCACUUUCUUCAUUGUACCUCAACUACGAGCUCACAUUCAUUCUUGUUCAUUGUAAGUACCUCGACUACUAGUAGCUCGUCACACUCCUCGCACAGCUUCCGUCAAGUGCAAGACCGAGCUUUUGAGCAUUUGGACACCCGUGUCAUGGUGUCGCAGGGGUUGAUACAGGAUUUUCGGAAUUUCAAGAUUCAGAUUCGGAACCGCCGUGGCAAAAUCGACCCAGCGAAUGAAACCUUUCAUUAAGAAUAGUACAAUGAAGCCUUUCAUUAAGAAUGGACUAAUACUAAACGUUUCAUUUUUGAGAAUAGGAGAAUAGGCUACUAAAACUCCUUCUUGCCUUAGAUAGCCUUUUGGAUUCUUUUGCUGCAAAUGAAACUUUUCACUAAGAGCAGUAUGUGUAGGAUGGGCUAUUAAUACUACUAUAUACUACUUCUUCUACUACUUACUAGAUAGCGACUACUCUCUAGAUAGCGUAGAGAUGAUACGGUUAGAUGAAGGACUAAUCAGCUGAUCCUUUACGCGCCUUCUUGUCGGCACCGUGCGUGUAGACCUAGCAAAGGUGCCCUAUCCUAUCCUUAUCCGAUCUUAUCCUUUAUAUGUGUCUAAGUUCCAUCUGUGUUUCGCCGAGAGUUGUGGAAAUUAAACCAAGGCGGUGAUAUCCAGAACCCUGACGAUUGGCUCCGACGUGAAAUGUGGCUGGCGAAAAAUGGAGCUUUUUGCUAUUUUUCGAAGAAGGAGAACAAAGAGCUCCAGUACUACACCAACGAGGACAUAAAAUCUGUCGUCUGCCAGGAGGUAUUAAGUCGACUCUAUCUCUAUUUUGACAUACUUUGAGUACACUGGAAGUAAGAUGGUUUGUAUGCAAUGAGGAACUCUGAAUGUUUUUUUUGAUUUCGAGGAUUGCCAUGACGUGAAUGUUGCUCGUGAUCAUGAUUCAUCUGUAAUCUAGGUAGUAGUUACGGCUCUGCCUUCUACGUCUACCAUAAUUAUUAUGCUGAACCUUAUAUAUUAUAAGCUUCAUGAUUCAUCAACAUCUGUAAUAUUAUAAUGAAGACCGCCAGUUUAUCUAAUUUGAUACUAAAGAACAUAAUGAUUCUUGAUCGUGCCUAAUAUUGUCCAUCUGUAGGCGUAUGCUAUUGCAGGUUCCCUACCCUAGCGAGAGUUGUCGAGCGCAUACUUUCACGAUGACAUUAAGACCAGCAGAUGGCCUUGAAUUUGCGCCUGGCGUUUUCGCUGCCGACUCCUCAGAAAUCAUGAAAACUUAAGGCUAAAAUACAAGCCCCUUAUAUGAGGACCCCCCUAACUAUGGCAGUCUGCACAGAUCUUAGUGGGACAUUUCUUGUAUUGUAUUGCAUGGAAGUCUUGCUGCAAGGGUUACCCUUUGUUUACAGGAGGUACUUAAAUUGUUUUUGGCUCUUCAGCAGCCAGGUAUGUCCGUGGAUCAACCCGAUGCAGCCGAACCUUACGCUAAUUUAUUUCUGAAGGAAUAUUUUAGAAGAACGAAAUCAGACUGCUGAAACUGUUUUGUCCAGCCAUUAGGCUAGUAGAACUAAAUCGGGCACCAUGAUGAUGACAGACCUAAAAAUCUUAGACUGUAAGAUGAAUCUUACAUGAAUAAUCUUACUUGAUCCUAGGAUGGAUGUGUGUGACUUCGUAGACCUCCCAGUCUAAAAAACGUUUCUGGGCUGCGUGAGGAAGUUUCAGGAUAAGGUGAAAAAAAGGGAAAUGGAGAAGAUCCGAAAGGCAGCUGCUGGGGAACCGCUACCAGUAGCCUCAGCAUGAGACGAAAAGAAAAAGGUGGGCGAAUACAGGACGUGGACGCACAGCAAGUGGGCGAAUGAAGAAAGUGAACGAAAAUAAAAAAAGUGGCUGGACGUGAGAUUUUCAUCAUUGGAAGUUGCACGUGAGAUUUUCAUAAUGGGGAGUGGGCAAGAAAUAUUUACUAGAACUAGAUGAGUGUGGUCCUUGGUUGAUUUUCUUCUUUUCUAGUCAGGGAAGUGGCUGCACGUGAGAUUCUAUGCAUCCUCAAGGUGUGGUGAAGCCGUCUGAACCAUGAUGUACUUACGAUUUACUACUUUCGUUCUUUUGCAUCCUCGUUCGAUCAUUUCAGUUGCAGUUCUUGAAUUACUAGGAACAGCAAAUACAAUCAAAAAACAACAAUAGCAUUAUAGAGAUGAUACUAGGUAGGUAGUUAGUUGUGAAAAUUGUACUUAAUUGAUGCGGUAAGUUUUUUUUUCUCCUAAACAAUUCCGAUACUAGGAUAGUGUAAAAACACGGAUGCGACGGGAGCGUCGCGCGCGGUAGCCUAAGAAUGAGAAUACUUCUUGUAGUGGGUGUUUGAUCUCUCCAAAUUCAGUACGCUGCCAAGUUCUGCUAGUUCGUUGAGCUUUUUCGUCCUAGUUGGACUUUGAUGAAGCUUUUUCUUUAUUACUCCGUCCAGUAAUACGUAGUCUUUUAACAUUUAUUGAAAAAAGACGUUUCUAAGAUUCUAAGGCCAUCAAGAUUAUUACUCCAGUACUACGUUUGCGUAGUCGUCAAGAAUGAUGUUGUAGAAUUAGUUGCGCUGUGUCUUUUUUUGCUUACUCACUGCAUGAAUGACUGAAUGAGUCAGUAGCUGAGUCAUUUCUUAGUUUCUUACAGAUAGAGAGUAUGAUUUUAAUAUUGUUGCGUUCUCUGCUUACGCUUACUCAGUAUGUGUAAGGAGGUCUCAAAUCUUAGUUUCUUUUUAGUAUAAUGAACUCAUGUAGUUACCCUUACUCAGUCUCAGUAGGUGUCUUAAACUUAAUACCGCUUAGAAGUCAUAAAAGUCAGCAGUAUUUUUUCGGAAUUUUUUCCUAGUUGUUCUACAGUACAAAGAGUAGUAGUCCCUCAUUAUCACAUCUGAACAGUAGGUACAAAGAGUAGUAGUGGUCGCUCAUUAGCAUUUCCCCAUCGUAUAUUUACAGUGCAAGAUGAACCAUUUCCCCAUUGUAUGUCUACAGUUUUAGAGUACAAACAGUGGUCCCAUCUGAAAACGACUUAGAUUUUUUGCUGUAUAGUAGGACCACUGAAAGGACGUAUGUUGUAGUAGGAUCGAAAGGACGUAUGUUGUAGUAGGAUCGAAAGGACGUAUGUUGUAGUAGGAUCGAAAGGACGUAUGUUGUAGUGGUAUUGCUUUUUUUUCAAAUUUAAAGAAGGAUAGAACGGUCUUCGUGGAUGAUCGAGCCGUCAGUUCAUCACCAUAUCAUAUGAACUGUCUCUAGCGUAACGAUUAAGAAGAAGAUCAUCUACUUCCUUUUAGAUUUUUUGAUAACUACUAAUUAAGAUUAUAGGACAUGUCUGCUAGGCAAUCCAGUAGACCCACACCGAACCUAACCUGUAUAGUUUUUUCUUUCCAAUGUAGGCACGACUGCUGUGACACGGCCACGGGAGCCUCAAAGACGAGGGCCGCAGACGUCGUCGACAGAAUGGGGCAAUUUUCUUUCCACUAAAGCACCCAAGAUGAUGCUCGAUGCUGUGGUGUACAACGAGAUCGCCUCUGCGGAACGCAUGCGUCGUGAUUUUUGACUAUAAUUGACUAUUUCUACGUUCCACUUUUGAAGAACAUCAUGAUGCUACUAGAUUCUUUGAUGAGCAAAUUUUUCCUUUUCUAAGUGACUGCCACUUCGUUUAUUUGUGUACUUACUAUCGCUAUCGGGUGUCGUGUGUGCGCAACAUAUGUGGACCUGUUUUUGUCUAUUACAGAACAAUAGCUGAACUCUUUCUUCCUCUUCUAUGGCCUCGAACGCUCACCCCCUCAUAGGUGAGACAACUGCUAUCCUAUCCUAUGUGAGAUGAAUGACGAGAUCCUUCUCCAACAGCUGUAGUACGUUUUUAAGGGGACGAAAAGGGUAGCUGUGAUGGUCUGCAUAGAGGGAAAAAACGCCAUCCAUUCUUCCGCCAUCGGAUAGUGCGGACAUGAUUGUGCGGACAAAAUUGAGCCCUCUUCACCGCUACCACAAAUUAUGGGCACACUGUCUAACAGGACUACACCUGCCACGACUUGUCUGAACAAAUGUCAAAUGUUUUUUCUUGGGAAUUUCGUUUUUGUUUUGGAAAAUCUUGUCAUGGACCAUGUUGUGCAAGAGUAAGACCUGUGCGCG